AAUAAUAAAAAAAUAUUUUAAAUGUAUAAGUCAAACGAUUUCAAAUACGAUCCUGUAUACAUCUCAAUGCACUGAUUCUUUCAAAACAGAUUGCUGAAUCAGUCGUUUGGUGGUGCUACGCAAUUGUGAUUGAUACCGAUAAAUUGAACACAAAACAAAAAUGACGCACAUUAUCGAAUAUACAAAGCAUUCCGAUAAUUAUUUGGUCUAUCACUUUGAAUUUGAGUGUAAUGAUGACAGUGCAAUUGGAAAAUAUGCCGGCAAUUGUUCGUUGAAUAAAUUCAUGUCAUUAAACGAUUGGCAUCAAAUAUUAAAUGCCUUGCACGAACCAGUUGAAUAUUAUAUCCAGAAUCCACUUCGAAAACCGACAGCUAUUGAACGACAAAUUGACAGCACAAAUUUUCAACUGCAAAUUACAUGGACGGAUAUGGACGUAGCAUUCUAUUCGAAAUUGUUGCAUUCAAUUGAUUUCAAUUCAGUUUUUCCGUUCGUGAUCGAUGUUAAAGUUUUCCAGCGUUCAAAUGUGGAUAAAUUUAAGCCGGCCAUUGUUGUAACUAACAUUAACAGUCCCACCGCUGCAACCAACAUCGCUAGCCCCAAAAUCAGUGCUGAAAUCAAUGACAACACCAAUAAGACUGUCGUAACACCAGUUAGAAAAAAGACGUUGAUCGAGUCCAAAAAGACGCCAAAAGAAAACAUUGACAAAUCAACAGAAGCAAUAACAUCGGCCGUCACAAAAGUUGACUUCAAAAAUGGAAUUCGAUUAAGAGAUUGUUGUGUAAGACUGCCGUUGCUGCAGUUUGACGAGAAUGGUGAAGUAAUCCAAAAGAAUAUGGUACAAAAAAAGCGAAAAUUCAGCGAAAUAAUCGAAAAGACAAAAAUACAUUCCGUUGAAAAUUCACCGGAUAAAUUUUCACACCAAAAUAAUUUCAUGGCUUCCAGCAGCAGUACGCCAUUGGUGGCUAAUUUGAAUAAGCAACUCAAACGUAUCGCAAGUGAUGUUCGUGGAACGUUUGAUAAAUCAAGACAUAAAACGGUGAAGCGUUUUACAAACAACCGAUUAACAACAACGCCACGCGUUAAUGGCAAAUCUAGCGGACAAUUUUUUCCAAGAUUACGGCUUCUCAAGGCACCCGAAAAUUUAAAGCGAUUGGACACAUCCAAAAGGUCAACGCAAAAAAGUAUGAUAAAAAAAACGACCAAAACAAAGACCGAUAAAGUAAAACGCUUGAAACCAAAACCACCAUCAAUUACCAACGAAUCGGAAUUAUUCGAGACAGUAGUUGAACCGAAGAAGAAGAUUAAGAAACCGUCCGAAAACAAAAAGGAUAAGAAGAAUCUGACGCCCAUUUCGAAUGGAAUUGACCAAAUAGGAAAAAGCGACCUAAAAUCAAUCAGCGACUCUGAAUUAUUUAAAUCAUUCGAUGACCACAACAAAAUGAUAUCAGAUCUAUUUCACGACUACUUGAAACAAACUGAUGCCAAGGUACGCCAAUUCGGCGAUUACAAUCAUUUCGAUAUGAUUUCGUUGUUUACAACUGAUCAAUUUUCAACCAUGUUGGACAUUUUAUUCGAUAAAUUCGUGAAAAUCGGUGAAUUUGGCGAGAUUUGUUAUGAUGCAUUGUUCCUUGAACUGAUUGUUCCUGAAUGGGCUCUGGCCAUUUAUAUGAAACGGCAUGCAUUAGACCGUAAAACAGCCAUCGAACAGAUUUAUGCAUAUAAAUCGAAUGAAAACCAAAAUUUCGAUGGUUAUACCUCAAUUGUCUCAAUUAAAUUAGAUGAUACAAUGAAUACCUCCACAAAACAGUAAUAAAUCAAUUUCGUAUAGGGCUUUAAAUUUUAACUGCUUUAUUCUGUUCUAAA